AACGCACCUUUAUAUAUACUAAAAUUUAAUUUGAGUUUUGGAAUCUAUACAUGUAUUAAAUGUUAGCAAUGACUACAGAAAAGUUCUUAUAUUUUGCUUAUGGAAGCAACUUACUGAAACAACGUCUUCAACUUAAGAAUCCUACUGCAGUUUACAAAACAACAGCUAAGUUAAUGGAUUUUAGAUUAUCAUUCUUUAUUACGAUAAAUCCGAAAACAUCAAGAUGGAAUGGUGCCGCAGCAACAAUAGCACCUGCUAAAGGAAGUUCUGUAUGGGGAACAGUUUGGGAACUUGGUGUUGAGGACAUACCUUCUUUAGACAGGCAAGAAGGUAUUUACAAAGCUUUAAAUGUUGAUGUGAUAUCCGAAGACCGAAGUCCUCUUACUUGUAGAACUUAUCUAUUGGAACCAACCACUGUCCCUAGUGACUGGGAUAUGAGGCCAUCUCCACAAUAUAUGGAUAUUAUAAUAAGAGGUGCUAUUCAGAGUAAUUUACCAGAGGAAUAUAUCAGUCAACUUAAAAACAUAGAACACAAUAAUUAUGCUGGGUCAGUGAAAGUUUAUGAUGAAGUGUUAAAACUGUUGAACACUAGUUCCUGAUAUUUAAAGAGUUUUUGCUUUGUUUUAGACAAUCGUUUUGGUCAGCAUUUUUGUUAUUUUACAAU